CAGUCCACAAUCGCGAUAUAAAGAAACCCCUCACAUUUUAAGCCAAACCUAAGUGCGAAUUUGAAUCCCAUCGGUUUCUCAUCAACCAAACAGAAAAUUUCAGUCUACAAUUCGAAUUUUCGUUUUCUAAGUUAAAAUAGAAGGGGAGUGAGGGAUUGAGACUGAUAGCGAUAAGGAGAUACUGUUUUUUUAUUUGAUUUAGCGAAGGAUGUCUGCGGCAGUGUGCGGGAGCAAGAGAUCGUUCUUCGAAGAUAUCCCGUCACCGCCAUCGGCUUCUUCCUCUAAGAAGCUCCGGCGCUGCUCGCCGUCGUCUCCUUCUUCUGUUCGUUUGUCUCCGUCGCCAUCUGCUCUCAAUCACCUCCAAUCUAUCUUCCCUCACAUGGACCCCCAGCUUCUGGAGCAAGCGCUAUUAGAAUGUGGCAAUGAUAUAGACACUGCCAUCAAGAAGCUGGAGGAUCUUUGCUUAGGAGCAGCAGAGGCUAGAGGGGGAAAGACUUGUACCGUUGAGGAACUGGGCACAACUGCUGAGCAGGCAGGUAUAUUGACUAAUAAUGGAGAAGCUGUUGCUGCUGCUGUGACUAUUCAGAAUCCAUCAGCCUCUGAAAAUAUGCCUGCUGAUGGUGCUGAAUGGGUGGACUUGUUUGUGAGGGAGAUGAUGAGUGCCACAAGUGUGGAUGAUGCGAAAUCCCAUGUCUCUAAAUUGCUUGCAGUUUUGGAGAAUUCCAUAAGUAAACGUGCUGCAGAAGAGACGGCACAAAAUUUUCAAAAGGAAAAUCUCAUGUUAAAGGGACAAAUCGAAGCGAUGAUUCAAGAAAAUACAGUCCUCAAACGUGCAGUGGCAAUCCAACAUGAACGACAAAAGGAGUAUCAAGAUAAAAACCAAGAGUUAGAACAUUUAAAGCAAUUGGUGUCUCAAUACCAGGAACAGAUGCGAACUUUAGAGGUAAAUAACUAUGCAUUGAUGAUGCAUUUGAGACAGGCACAAGAAAGCAACUCGAUCCCGGGACGGUUCAACCCGGAUGUCUUCUAAAGAACAAAAAGAUGAAGUGGUUUAAGGUAGUAAGCUGUGACUGGUAUAAUUAGCACAACAAUGCUUUUUUCAUAAUCUGUUUUUUGCUUUGAGUUGAUAUAUGCUUAGUAAUAAGGUGUUUGUUUGAUUUAGAACCUCCCUCUUCGGUUUGUUAAAGGACUCCUAUCAUUUUUAAUAUUUCAAAGUGAUUCAAUUGAAUGAUAAGAUUACUUUUGUA